AUGCUUCCCGCUCGCUUACGCCGUCUGUUCAGUAAUGGGCAGUCCAACGACCGCAACGAAGAUGCAUCCACACGCCAACCCGAAGCAUUAUCAGAUGGCGGGGCAUUCUACCCCAGCUUGUGGGAUGUGCUUAAGACGCGAUAUAUGCUUCAGUGGAAAGCCUUUCAACAAAGUCUUCCCGCAGAAUUGGUCGAUGCGAUUAUCGAUGCCGCCGAGUAUUGGCCCUCAACAGAACGCCGAAUGGAAGGUGUCAGGAGAAUUGCGAACGAUCGGGACCAGGUUUUGUUGAAGACUAUACCCCUCUGCUAUGACAGAAAGAGACUAGAGCAAUCCGAACCUUUCAAACCGCUCCCCCACCGCACUCUACACCCCUGCCGGAAGAUAGUCUUCCGCAUUUCCUCGCAUGACCAAGGUCACGGCCCGAUCCGUGAGAAUAUGUACGAAACCUCCUGGACUUGGUUCGACACUGAAGUCAUCAAGGCUGCGCACACAAGGAACAUGUACACCGACGGUAUUGAGCAGGAGAUCCUGGAUAAUGAGCGCGGACAAGAGAAGAAACACUAUGCUCCUGACAACGAUCUGCUUCUUCCAGGUAACAACCGGUUAAAAGUCAACGGCUCCCGGGUGUCGGAGCCACAAGAUUCGGUCAUUACUUGGCAUUAUUUGGACGAAGUUCAACCGGAGUCAGAGAAGGCUUAUGAGAUUGAGAGGCUUGAGGGUCGUGGUCGGUUUACUUUGGAUGGACAUGGCGUGAGGGAGCUGGAGGUUGGGGACUCACUUGCUUUAUGGGCUCGGGCCCGAUUUCCAGGAUGGAGCAAUCAUGUGGAUUUUGCGAGUGUUCGAGUCUUCUGGGCUGUUUGA